AUUUACGGUAAGAGCAUUCUCUGCUUUACUUGAAAUAAACGCCAUCCAUUUGUUUAUAUCUGCAUAGCUGCAACCAGCUAAUACAGUUUACUGAGCCAUAGGAUAACUCCUUAUGAUUAAACAUCCCGUUUACUUAAUGUUUAUUGCGGGAAUAAAUAUCAUUACGACAUAUACAAGACAUUUGAAUUGUUAUAUAUAAUAGAUUAAAUCAGAAGUUGAGGCAGUUAACGCUUUCUGAGGUGGCGUUAAUUUUCCAAAUGGGUUUCGAGACCAGACAGCAGGUACAAGUUAUUUGGAUAAUGAAAGGAACCCUGAAGGGUUGUAUGUGCAGGGAUCAUGCUCAUAUUUUGUAAGGGAAUUAUAUUAGGGCUAGGUUAUUAAUAUAUUGUGAAUAAAACUUAAUAUUGUAUUUAAUUGAAUACAAUUUAAAACAUAAUCUUGUAAAAAAAAUUGAAAGAAUAUUUAUUGUCAGCCCCGAACAGCUGUUGCAUUGUAAGAUGAAAGUUAAACCCAGAAAAAAGAAAACAACCAAACAAAGUCAAAAUGGUGAUGGCACCAACUCCACAGAAAAAAACGAAACGCAGGACUGUAUUAUGGACACUUCUCAUGAGGGUACAAAUGUUCGACAAGGGGAACUGGAAGCUUCUGGAGUCGUAACAGUACCAUCUGAACAAGAGCUCAAAGUAAAUCCACAGCCUCUUGAUUUUAGAGCCGUCGUUCCAAAGACAGAACCAGACUGUCUUCCCUUAAAUCCACCAAACGUUGAGGUCAAAACUGAACCCGGUGUUUAUGAAGUGUUACAGAGAGACUGUGGCCUUAGCUUAAAGGAGGAAAAUGAAGAGGAGUGGACAGAGAUCAAGCAAGAACCACCAGAAGCAAACUCGGUGGGUGAUUUUGACCUGGAGAAAAACACAGCUUCCUCCUCUCAGAUUUUGCCCUGCCCUCAUUGCUCUGUGACCUUCACUGAGUUCUCCUACCUUGACAAGCACAUCAAAUGGUCCCAUCGGAGUGAAUACCUGUCCUGGGUGAAAAACCAUAAAGUAUUCAACUGCUCAAAAAUUUCAUCCGGGAUGCUUAGUUGCUCCUUGUGCCACUUUCGUUUCUUCUCUCAGAGGCAGCUGGAUUCACAUAUCCGCCAGAUCCAUCUCCCCAAGCCCAAACCCACCCGAAAACGCUACACCUGCCCGCAGUGCGAUCGCAGCUUCGAUUACAUCGGUAACCUGAAAAACCACUGCCACAAGUGUCACGGCUUAGCCACGGUGUCAAAGGAUGGACAUGUAAGCUGUGCUAAAUGUGGAAAAAGCUUUGCCGGAGUGUGGGGUCUCGGACCACAUCGUUGCCAUGAUCCAGAGGAGGACAAGAAGCAGGAGGCUGGUGCGGACGGACCCAUUUGCACAGACCGUGGGUAUGUGUGCAAAGUCUGCAAGAAGAACUUACCUACACUUCAGUCUCUGACCAUACACAAGCGCACUCACACCGGCGAAAAGCCGUUUGCCUGCCAAGACUGUGGCAAGACAUUCGGUGACAGGGGGAGUCUGAGGAGGCACAAGUUCAUGCAUACGGGGAUCAAGCCGUAUAAGUGUCCUGAAUGUGCUAAAGACUUUGCCCGGAUGAGUCACCUCACCAGUCAUCUACGGACACACACGGGUGAAAGACCCUACCCGUGUCUCCAGUGCGGGAUGAGAUUCAGCCACAGGUCGACGCUUCGCAUCCACCAACGUGUCCACUCCAAGGAAAAGUUGUUUUCUUGUCCCGACUGCGGAAAGGCUUUCUCGGCUCCGAAGUAUUUGGAGGUCCACCAAAAGACUCACAACCCCCAGCCAACGUUUGAGUGCAAGGUGUGCGCCAAGAGGUUUACGCGGGAAGACGUGCUGAGGAAACACCUUCGCAUCCACACGGGUGAACAGCCGUACCACUGCGACGUUUGCAACAAGCGCUUCAACCGCAUCCAGCACCUGAAAAUCCACCAGCGCACGCACACCGGAGAGAAACCUUACCGCUGCGAGCAAUGCCGCUCCAGCUUCUCCCAAUCCGGCGAUCUGACGAGACACUUGAGAAGACACACGGGAGAAAAACCCUACGCGUGUCCCGACUGCGACCGCCGGUUUAGCGACUCGGGCGACCUGAGCAAGCACAGGCGCACUCACACAGGCCAUAGACCCUACCAGUGUACAGAAUGUGACAAAAAAUUUCUCAUGCCCCAGCACUUGAAAAUACACAUUCGAACACACACCGGAGAGCGACCGUACAGCUGCCCGCGGUGCCCUCGCACCUUCAGCCGCUCGCACCAUCUCUCUCUACACAUGGAAAAGCACAUUUGAGGAUAGGUAGUGUUAUCUCGAUUUGCGUUCAUGUUACAUCUCAGAGAGAUUUAAAAGGUAAUUGAUUUCAGAUACAUAGACUUCUUUUGGACCGAGUUAUUAUGCACAGUAUAUUUGUCAUAGUUAGUUUGCAUGGUUUGCAUUGAAGAUAUUAGCCCAAAAGCAAGCAUUUUGGAACAACUAAAAUGUUUUGGUAAAGAGGCUUUAUGAAAUCAUCUGUUAAUUGAAGAUGCCACAAAUACUUCCGAACAUACAGUGGGCCUUUUUAAAGGAUAGUUCGGCUAAAAAUGUCAAUUUUAACCUGAUGUGAUUACAAUCUUGUAUGAUAAAUGUCUACUUCUGAAGAACACAAAAGGAGAUAUUUUGAGGAAUGUUGGCAUCCAAACAACAUUGGUCCUCAGUGACUUUCAUUGUACGGACUCGAAACCACCAAGACAUUUCUAUACUACAGUUAAUGGCAGUAGUUGCAUUUUCGAUUCUGAAAUGUUUCCAUCUAAAUGUCCUAAUAUAUAUUAUUAUGUGCAUACACAAUAACAUUUAUGUCCGGUUAUGAUAUCAGUUUGAACUAAAUGAACCUUUUGCUCAGUAAACUCUUGGGACUAUGUAAUUCUUCUCAGGUGUUUCUGCAUUGUGUUUAAAUUGUGAAACCGUAUCCUUUGUCCGAUCUUUAAAUAAAGCAGUGACAAAACCUUAACUAUAGCUGUUUUGUCUAAACCAUGGCCUUUGCCGAGUAUUCUGUGUCGACGCUGCUCAAACCUGCGCUGCACAAACACCUAAAGCCAAUAAAUGGAUCACAUGCUCGGAAGGCCCAAACAGAUCUACCUCAGUCAAUGUUGGUGCAAUAGGCCUAUUAUUUUUAUGUCUGCGAUUACGAGGACAGCAGCACGAGCGGCGUGCUGACAUAGAUAACAAAGAUGUAUUUAGGGCUAAAUAAUCUUGAGUUUACCUUUGUUUAAAGCUGGAAUCAAUACUUCUUAAAGCAUGUCCAUUUUUCAUUUAGCAAGCCUCUUGUCGGAGAGGAGGGUCAGGGAGAUGUAUGGAGGGGAGAGUGUUUUAAUUCCCUCCCCGGUGUAGCUGUAAUAAUAAUUGUCAGUGCAACCGUGGAUCCUAAAGAUUGGGUGAUAGGAAGGCCAGACACUACACAAAAUUAAUAGAUUUUGAAAAUUGAGACGGAUUGAGAGAGGCUGUUAUUUUUAUUCUUUCCUGAU